AUGACAGCACAUCAAAAUGGCACCAUCUUCAUUGAGGUUUCAGACUUCCUCCUGAAUUGUUUUGUCAGGUCCCCCGGCUGGCAGCUCUGGUUGUCCCUGCCACUCAGCCUCCUCCUCCUCCUGGCCAUGGGGGCCAAUGGGAUUCUCUUGAUCACCAUUCGGCUGGAAGUCUCUCUGCAUGAGCCCAUGUACUACCUGCUCAGCCUCCUUUCCCUGCUGGACAUUGUGCUCUGCCUUGCUGUCAUCCCCAAGAUCCUGGCCAUCUUCUGGUUUGACCUCAAGUCCAUCAGCUUCUAUGCCUGCUUCCUUCAGAUGUACAUCAUGAAUUGCUUCUUUGGCAUGGAGUCCUGCACAUUCAUGGUCAUGGCCUAUGACCGCUAUGUGGCCAUCUGCCACCCACUGAGGUACUCAUCCAUCAUCACUGACCAUUUUGUAGUCAAAGCUGCCAUUUUUAUUUUGGCCAGAAAUUCACUUCUUACUAUGUUCAUUCCCAUCCUCUCUGCCCGGCUCCAUUAUUGUGGAAGUAAUGUAAUUGAAAACUGUAUGUGUGCCAAUCUCUCUGUGUCCAAGCUCUCCUGUGAUAAUAUUGCCCUUAAUAGAAUUUACCAUUUAAUUGUGGCCUGGACUCUUCUGGGCUCUGACCUCAUCCUUAUCUUCUUCUCCUAUACCCUCAUCCUACGAGCUGUUUUUAGACUCAAGACAAAAGGGGCAGCUGCCAAAGCUCUGAGCACCUGUGGCUCUCACUUCAUUCUCAUCCUCUUCUUCAGCACCAUCCUGCUGGUGUUUGUUUUUACUCACAUUGCCAAGAAAAAAAUUUCCCCAGAUAUUCCUGUCUUACUUAAUGUGUUACACCAUGUAAUUCCUGCAGCCCUCAACCCCAUUGUCUAUGGGGUACGGACCCAGGAGAUUAAAGAGGGAAUUAGGAAAUUACUGAGGAGGGCAAGAGAGAACAGAAAAUAA